ACAUUUCAAUUUUAUCAGCGUGGCGGUAGACGGAGUGUGUUUGUAUUUUAUACUAUUGGUACCCAUUUUGCUCGAUUACCUGAAAAUAUUCUGGUUAAAACUAUAUUUAAACACACCUAACAAUGUUCUAUGCACAUUUUGUACUCAGCAAAAAGGGUCCUUUGGCCCGUAUAUGGCUAGCUGCUCAUUGGGAUAAAAAGCUUACCAGGGCUCAUGUUUUUGAAACGAAUAUCAGUUCUAGCGUUGAGGCAAUUUUAGAGCCGAAGUUAAAAAUGGCAUUAAGAACUUCUGGACAUUUAUUAUUGGGUGUAGUGAGAAUCUACUCUCGUAAGGCGAAAUACCUACUGGCUGACUGCAAUGAGGCGUUCGUUAAAAUCAAGAUGGCAUUUCGUCCAGGUGUUGUAGACCUUCCAGAUGAAGCAAAUCGGGAAGCUGCUAUCGCAGCUAUCACUUUACCAGAGAAUAUUCAUGAUUUUGAAGCAACUAUAGCCGAUCUCAAUGAGAUAAAUAUGAACACUAUAGCAAUAAAUCAAAGUCGUCCGGAAGAUAUAACUAUGCGUGAAGAUUUCGGUGAGAUUAAUCUAGGACGACAAGAUGAUGAUUUCGGAGAUUCAGCAUUCGAUGAAGUAUCAAGUCGUGAAAUGAUUCGUGAUGGCGACAAAACAUUUGGUGACAGUAUUUAUCGUGGGAGUGAUCAUUUGUCAAUGCAUCAUGAUGCUGAUUUCACGUUAAACCCUGAUCAAGAUUUGGAUGCCACUUUAAUCGAUGUUAAACGGGGUGGUAGGUUAUCUGACGCAGAAAAACAAAUUAAGUCUAUUGAUUCAAUCACUCAUCAUGAUGAUAUUGGGAUGGUUGAUAAUGAAUUUGAUGACGACUUUCUGGCUGAACCAGAUGAUGAUGACGAGAAUUUUGGUGGUCGAAUUGUUCAUUCGUUAUUCACUGAUGGUAUAUUUGAAGAUCCAUCAGCUCAGAAACAAUUAGAAAAUUUAACAUCUGAAAUUGAAUCUCAUAUGGUCACAGGUCGUUUCGAUCUACAUCAUGAUGAUAUUACUGCCACUCCAAUUCCAACAUCGAGUAAUGAAGACCUAAUAUCGAAUGCUGCUACUGUCAGUAAACCAUUAGACGCUUUUUCUACAGUGUCAACAUCAGUAAACGAGUUGAUGACAACAGCAACCGCAACAACAGUAGCAAUGACGAUAACUUCAGAGACAGCUGGAUUUGUUGCUCCAACUAGUCUACCAACUGAUACAACAACAUCCAGAGUUGGACUAGGAGUUACUGCAAUGACAGAAAGUACAACUUUAAUUGCUAAUGAAUCUGAAGCGUUUGCCUUGCCACCUAUUGAGGCAACAUAUACAACAACAGGCGUUGAACCAAAACGAGCAACAAAACGUAAACGUCGACUUAUCGUUGAUGAACAAAAGUCAAUUCCAAGUGAAGUUAUGAAAUCCCAAAUGGAGAAUACCGCUGAUAUUACAACCCAAUUAGAUUUGGCACCACCAACUAAAAAAUUAAUGCAUUGGAAAGAGACAGGUAGUGUGGAUAAAUUGUUUGUUCUACCUGGUCGUGCUAUUCCAUCACGUGUACUGCAACGCUUAUUUAUGCGUAAUUUAUAUACUCAGGCUGUCCCAGAUGAUGUUACUAGUACAGGGGAAUCUUUUCAAACAUCUAAUUUACUAUCUAGUCUAUCGUUUAAUUCAACUACCCAACAACAACAACCGCUUCCUGAUCAAUCGAAUAUGCUAACUAAUUCGGAGGCUUUACAACCAAACACUUCAUUCGAUCAAAGUAUUCAACAGCAACAGUCUACUGAUGUAUCCAUUUCUGAAUUUGGUGAAACAAUGAAAGAUACAAUGCAAUUACCUCAAAAAUUGGGUCCUAUCUCAGAAAUCCCAGAAGACGAAUCAGCUCCAUUUACUGCUUCACAUGGUGAACAAUCAAGGCCAACACCUGCAACAUCUCAUGGCGCCGAUAAUAAUCAAGAUGAUCUGAUGAUGAACCACCUAUGCAUGAUGAUUUAGGAUUCAUGGUAGAACCAGAAAACACCUUAUCUUGCACCUCCAAGUAUUUUAUCAGAAGCCCCACCAAGUGUAAUGCAAGUUGAUAUGUUGGCAUUAGAACGUGAAUUAGCCGCAGCUGAUAAUGAAGUUGACAAUGAAUUAGAAAAUGUAUUUAAAAAUGAUGGUAGAACAUGUGAUGGUUUAUUAUCUGGAAGUGGUUUUCCUGGAUCUGAAGCUCCUCUCUCAGCUGAUGGUUUACCAUUAGAAACAGCUGAGAACGUCGUUUAGAAAAACGUUCUAAAGUGUUAUUACGUAUGUUACGUGUACAUCAACAACAAUAUGGUUGGGAUGAACCGUUAACAUUACAAGGUUUAUGUCAUGGUAAUACAAAGAAACAAGCUGCUUCGAAAUUCUAUACAGUUCUACUAUUACGUAAACAAGGAGCUGUGGAAUUAGCACAAGAAGUUGCCUACUCAGAUAUUUAUAUAUCCCGUGGACCAAACUUUUUCCGUUUGGUGGAAACAUAAGUUGUUUUUUUUGUUUUAAACUAACUUUCACAUUCUCUUGCUUCUCUGUUUUUCGCUGUCUUAUACAUACAUACAUACAUUGCCUUACUCUAUUCAGACGAUCAAAGCUUCACAUUAUCUUCACUAUAUUGUGUUUUCAUUGAUUGUACGUGUAUCUUCUUUGUGGAUCUAUGUAUAUGUAUCUCUCUGUCAUUACUUAUAUCAUUAUUGCUUAUUUUUAAAUGCAUUUCAUAAAAGAGAAUAACUUUUUCUGUUUAUUUUUCGACUAAUCAUUACUCUUUAAUCAGUGUAUAAAUAUUUGAUUUUUAUUAUUAUUAUUAGUAUUAUACAUGUGUAUGUACUUGUUAAGAUAGUGUAUAUGUGACAUUCUAUUUUUUGUAUUGAAAAUAUAAAGUUUCAAAAACAAAACUACAACUCCAGAA